AACUCCCUAUGGGCCACAGAGAACAUAAAACCAGAACCAAGUCCUCUCCAACCAGACUGCCGAGGCAAAAACUCCCAAGGAAUAAACUUGUAGAGGGGAACAAGAUUAAAGGAUUAAUCAGGAGCUAACGGUACGGAGCACUCGCGGUCCCUAUGGCAACGGAACUCUCAAAUCUCUCCAUGUCCCCCAACUCUACAGGGUGUGACUCCGAGUCGCCAUCCCUUCACCAGAACAAGCUCGUCCCAACCCUCUACAGCAUCAUCUUCAUCCUGGGAUUUGUGGGGAACGUACUGGUGGUGUACGUUCUGUGCCAAAAAUCUAACCGCAAAACGGUAGCGAACACCUACAUCGUGAACCUGGCCCUCUCAGACUUAUUCUUCCUCAGUAGUCUCCCCUUCUGGGCGGUAUAUUACUCUUUCGACUACAACUGGGUGUUUGGCCGACUGAUGUGCAAGCUGUGCAGCAGCUUACUGACCCUCAAUGUGUACGCCAGCAUCUAUUUCAUCACCUGCAUGAGUGUGGAUCGCUACCGUGCCAUUGUUUACCCCCUGCAGUCCCAGAGCAGCAGAAACCUCUGUCAAGCCCGUGUGAUCAGCGGUGUGAUCUGGCUGGUCGCUGGCCUGUCCACCAUCCCCAGCAUGGUCUUCAGGGACAUCCACGAAAUGAAGACGCCAAUGGUCACUGCUUGUGCCGCCAUCUACCCACACGAUAACUGGCUCCCAUGCCUGGCGCUGGCUAAAAACAUCCUGGCGUUCCUGGUGCCCUUCACAGUCAUCGCUAGCUGCUACUGCCGUAUUGGAAGGCACCUCCUCGGGGCUCCAAGCCUGGACAAGACCUCCAGCAACCUGGACCGGGUGAUGAAGAUGGUUGUGGCGGUGGUCCUUGCGUUCUUCCUCUGCUGGUUCCCCUUCCACGUGUUGACGUUCCUGCACGCCAUGAGCUCUCUGGGGAUCCUGGAGGUGUGCUGGGCUAAACAGACCGUCACCACCCUGCUGCCCUUCUCCCUCUGCCUGGGGUUCAGCAACAGCGCCAUCAACCCCUUCCUGUACUGCUUCGUGGGGAACCACUUCAGAGAGCAGCUGUGUCGCGUGUACAAGGACAAGGUUCCCCGGCUGUCCCAGAAGAGAGACUCCAUUAGCACAAGGCUAAGCUCCUUCUCCAGGAAGUUGAGCGAUCUCAAGGACAUAGGCCCGCUGGAGACUAUCAGUUAGCACAGCUCCGCCUAGUGGAAGGAUGUCGGCAUGACAGGGAUAACCUGUCUGGAUGGGCCCUGGGUGGCCCUUGGGCCCAGCUCUCCAGAGUCUCUAACCUCCAGGCUUCCAAACACAGCCUCCAUGGAGGCAGGCCAGAGGGCAUGUAAACAUAUAUUUGAAUGUCAGUAAAUGUCCCAUGGGCCCUUUAAAGGGCGAAGUGCUGUUACGUCAGAAUUCGUUUUUUUGUGCUGUGGACAUUCUUUGUUGAUGUCUGAGAGGCAGUUGACAGUGAUGAGUCACUUUUAGCCUGUAAAUGUGUAUCGGCCAGUCUCAGUGAUGCACUAAAUGGAUGUUUCUAUUGUACAUAAAUAACUUAAUGUAUGCAUAUAUCAAAUAUAGCAUUUUUUUAUGUCUAAACUACAAUGUUUGUGUUAACUGAGGUCUACAUGAUUUAGUAUUUGUAGCCUCUGCUGUCAAAUGAUGUAGUUAAUGUCUUGUGCAGACGUUAACCAGCGUUAACCAGCAUUUUUAAGACAGGUACUCCUGCCUGCCUUUCAUGGGAAGAUUUUGUUGAAUAUUGUUUAUAUUGUAGAGUAGAUGGCUCUACAUGGUGGAUCUUUAAGUAAUAAAGUGUAAUUUGUGUA